CAUUUUCCAGCGCAGUGGUAGCGGCGAGCUAACGGCAGUUCAACUGACAGUUUGAGUGAAUUAACAGGCUGGAACAUCCGAACCGACUCUGCCUAAAAACUUGUGUCCCUCCAGGGCUGUUCCGGACUGAGCUGUUCCACAUUUUUGGACUGGGGGAGUGUUGUGGAGGAGCCACGUGUACAGGAACUGGACUCUGACAGCUUGCCUUGACUGACUGGAACCACCUAAGUUACUCUUCCGAAGGCAAUCAUGGCUGUUUGGAGAAAGUUGUGGUGCAAAAACCUCCUGGCUGUGUGUCUGCUCUUCUAUGUCCUCCUGCACACCAUGGACGUACACGCACGUCCGGCCAACAUGUCAGCCUCUAAAGACAAGUCUCCAGCCGGCAAGGACGAGAACGAGAUUCUUCCCCCAGACCACUUGAAUGGGGUGAAGAUGGAGAGGGAUGGACACCUCAACAAGGAUUUCCAUCAGGAAGUUUUUCUGGGGAAAGAGAUGGAAGAGUUUGAAGAGGACUCUGAGCCAAGGAGGAAUAGGAAGAAGCUUAUUGAAAUUUUCACCAAAGUUGACUUCAACAAGGACAGGAGUGUGAGCGCAAAGGAGAUGCAGCGCUGGAUUAUGGAGAAGACGGAAGAGCACUUUCAGGAGGCCAUGAAGGAGAACAAGAACAGUUUCCGUGCUGUCGACCCAGACGGUGAUGGUCAUGUGACAUGGGAUGAAUACAGGGUCAAAUUUCUGGCCAGCAAAGGUUUCGAUGAAAAAGAAGUUGCUGAGAAAAUAAAGAAUAAUGAAGAUUUGAAACUGGAUGAGGAAACUCAGGAGGUCUUGGAGAGCCUGAAGGAUCGCUGGUUUCAGGCGGACAACCCUCCAGCUGACCAGCUGCUGAAUGAGGAGGAGUUCCUGUCUUUCCUCCAUCCUGAACACAGCAGGGGCAUGCUCAAGUACAUGGUCAAGGAGAUUGUACGAGACUUAGAUCAGGAUGGUGAUAAGAAACUGACACUGUCAGAGUUCAUCUCUUUACCUGUGGGCACCGUGGAGAACCAGCAGGCUCAGGACAUCGACGAUGACUGGGUCCGAGAGAGGAAGAAGGAGUUUGAGGAGGUCAUUGAUUCGGACCAUGAUGGCAUCGUAACGAUGGAUGAACUGGAGGAGUACAUGGACCCAAUGAACGAGCACAACGCUUUGAAUGAAGCCAAGCAGAUGAUUGCCGUCGCAGACGAGAACCAGAAUCACAAUUUGGAGCUGGAUGAGAUUCUCAAAUACAGCGAAUACUUCACGGGAAGCAAACUCAUGGAUUAUGCCAGAAACGUGCAUGAGGAGUUCUAAGGACAGGUUCAUUCUCCGUUUUUCUCCUACAUCUGCUUCAGGGACAAGCCUGUGAGGAGGGCGGCCCACUGAUGAGAUGGUUUAGUGUGCAAUUCUGUGUUCAAAAGCCUAGCGUCAGCUGCCUCUUUCACUGCUGACUCCAGUUAAUGCAUCCCUCCUUCAGUCCUGGGCCUUCGAAGAUAGUCUGGCUUCUAUGUGCCGUUGGACUUUUAAAUGUUUUCCAUAAAUUUGAGGCACUACAUCUAUUCAAGAUUUAUUUGUGUUAUAUUGUGAAACGUGUGUAUAUGAGGAAUUUUAACUCUUGAAUACAUUUUUUUGUUGCUGGCGGAGCAGUGAGAGAGACUGCGCAGCUAGGUGAGCUAUUUGUUCUGCAAUGUAAAUAUUCACAUUUGUCACAUACCAACGCCGCUGUGAGAGAGGAAUAUAAUUCUAGUGAAAGAUACAAACUCUAGAGAGAUAUCAAAAGAGUAUAUUGGUGACACAAAAUUGGUGUUACAACUUCAUUCCUCAAAUUCAAAAGGACAUUUUGUUGUUAGCGAUGUACAGUUCCUCUAGUUCUCAUAAUAUAUAGCAUCCGUCCUUCCAAAGUACUUAUAAACAGGGUAAUGACUGUAAAAAAAUAUUUAUAAAGAAAUCUCAAUAGCAUACAGUAAUCCUACGUAGCACAGACUUUCAUUAACAUCAGAUGCACAAAAUGUAGGAAUGGAGAUUAAUAUAUGAGAACGGUGAAUGUGAUAUUUUGACCAACUGAAGGAAAAGCACAGGUGUUACCAGUAAUGUUGGCGCCUAAAUGGGGUUCAGCCAUUAUCAACAUUAGUAGUUUCACCUCUGUGCAUCAGGACAAAACAUCCUCUCUGAUUACCGCCUGGUGUUCUUCAUCACGAGCACUCUGAUUCAUACGUUAGACGUGGAUGAAGAUGAAUUAUUUAUUUGAUCAGUUUAAUUUGAAUCAGCUGCAUUUUUGAAGCCCUCACAGGUGUGUACUUAAUCCGUUCUCAUCUUGGUUGUUAUCAUGUUUACCUGCUCAGUUUUGAAGGCUCUCCAUAUAAUUGUUUUAAAAUGCAUGGACAAACAAUGGAGUCAUAUUCCUGAGUUUUGUUGCGAUUCUCAAUAACCUGUGGAGUGUUGGGAUCAUAGAUCCUGCUGCAAAUGUUGUCUGAUUGUAAAAUAAGAUUUAUUAUAACAGAAUGUGACACAGCUUUAUAAAAUGUACUGCAAAUAUAUCAGUAAACAAUAAAUAUUUCUUACCAACUUA